CCCCCUCCCAACCAACAAGCAAGCCCCGCUGCAAUCAGGUUAGGUCGAGGCGGCCCGCUUUCUUUACCCCUCCCUCAAACUGUUCCCGAGAAAGGGAGCGAGAGAUAGAGAGUGAGCGGGGGAUUUAUUUUACCACAGCACAAGAAUAAUAAUUUAAUCUUCGGAGUCGCGGCCGGGUUUCAAUGUGAAGAUUAUUAUCGAGGGGAGGUUUUUUUUUUGUUUAGUUGUAUUUUCCCCUCAGCCUCCAACACCCCCCUCCCCCCGCCCCGGCCCCGUGUUGAUUUGGAUGGUGCUCGUGGUGGAGGUGCAGUUGGUGUGGCGCCCGAGGCCGGAGCCGGUGACUGCGAGAUGAGGAGGGGGAAGCCGUGCGCUGGCAGCCCGCACUGCCUUUGGUUGCUCACGGCCGCGUUGCUGCUGGGCCGCUGCUGCCCCGGCGCGGGCUACGGCGACAAGGUGAUCUGGGCCAUCAACGCCGGAGGGGAGGCUCACACCGACAUCCACGGCAUCCACUUCAAGCGGGACCCGCUGGAAGGCAAAGUAGGCCGGGCAUCGGACUAUGGAAUGAGAUUGCCAAUUUUUCGGUCUGUGCCUGAAGAUCAAGUUUUGUAUCAAACUGAGCGCUACAAUGAAGAAACCUUUGGAUACGAUAUUCCAAUUAAAGAGGAAGGCGACUAUGUACUGGUUCUGAAGUUUGCUGAAGUAUAUUUUGCCCAAUCUCAACAGAAGGUACUUUUAAAUUUCUUUGGAAAGAAUUUUGAUAUUGUGCUUAUGGAAAUUUAA